UAUCCAGGUUGUAACAAAGAGGUGACUAUGGCGUUUCUUUUUGGCUCUAGACAGGCGCAUUCAGCCUGCAUUGCAUGCAUGUCUGUCACCUCAUCUAAGUCCCCAUUCCUUCUGGAGUUGUGAGCUCCAGAUCCAAGAGCGCCCAAGGCACGGUGCUGGGCACGCUGUCCCUUCGUGAGGCUGCCACAGGUUCCUGCGAGUGCGGUCAGGGGCGUUGGUGCAUUGACAUGUUAGGCGGAGGGAGGAGUGCCAUCUGCCAGAGUCUUAUCUGGGUCCCCACGUUUCCUGGCCAUCGCGGAGGAGUGUGCGAGGACAGGUAGCCCUCGCAGUGACAAGGCGCGCGGAGUGCGGUCGUGCAAGGCGGGGGAGGAGCGGGGUGGCACUGCCAAAUCUUAACCGGGGCCCCGGGUGUUUGCAGACCCGAAGAGAGCCGCCUUGGGUCUCCACGGUGUCCUCCAGCAGCUGCUGCCUGAGAACUCUGAGCCUCAGCUCUACCUUGCUUCGGGAUCCUCUUCCUCCUCCUUCCCCACCCCCUACCUGGCCCGAACGGCGGGACGCGCGGCCCGGGGGAUCCCCUCUCCCCGGGACCGGCCCAGCCCCGGGUCGCCUCCACCUCCCGCAGCUGCCGCGCCACGGCUCGCCGCGCUCCAGCCGACACCAUGGAGAAAUUCCUGGGACACCCGCCUGCAGCCGACGACUUUUCCCCUGGAAUCUCUGGCCUGGCGCCCUUUGAGUGAGAUGACGGGGUACUGGCAUCCCUGUCGGUCCCAGAUUACCCGGAAAAGCCCUGGCAGGGAAAGAGAGGACCCCUGCAGGCUGGGAGCUCCCACUCCUCCUCCAGCGUCACGCUCGCCCUCCGCCGCUGCCUCGCGUCCGGGUCUGUUUAUAUAGCGUCUGGAGGCCGGGCGGCAUUGCCCACCCCCGCCAGGCGGCCCGCCCUCCCUUCCCGGGCUCCGGGCUCCCGCACGUGGCAGACACCAGCUACGUCUCCGCGGAAGGCAGGCGCCGGGGAGUGGGGUGCGGGCGGCCGGGUGCAGCCGCGGCGCAUCUCCGCCUUCCGCUCCUCCUCGCAGCGCCCUCGCCCGCUUCCAAGCCCAGCACAGACUUCGGUUUCUCCGCCUCCAUCCCCUUUACGAGAAGAGGAGAUUAAAAAAUAUUGCCCUUUAGGUGCUUGUGAUGGUCCUGUGGGUUCGUUCAGUUGCCGGAAAAGAAUGGUAACAUGAACAGCGGAGCGUGAGAGCGUCACCGGGGGAAGGGACGAGAUUGAUGGGCAGAGCGCUCACUUCUCAGAGGAUCGCAUUCCUAGGACCGCGCGAGGAAGGGACGUCGCGGCGCCACCACUUCCUGGCUGGACUCCGCUGACAUCUGUAGCCUCCUUUCCACCAGGUGCCCGGGGCUCCCAGCCUCUGCCUGCAGAGGAGCGUGUAGACAGCGCGCGAAGGUCCAGGAGUUCGUGGACCUCCAGCCGAACCAGAGUUCUGCCUGGAUCCCGGUGGAGUCCCUGCAUCCCGGUGGAGCCCGCAGGCAAGCUGGCUCCGGAGGGAGUUGAACUUGAGUUCAGAUGGCCAACUCCCUCUGAAUCGUGCAGAUUGGUGCUGAGCACGCAACAAAAGUUUGUAGCUUCUCAGUUUCUGGUGCUUCGCAGGGGAGAGGAAAGGAAUUUGACACUAAACACAAGAAGCAGUCAGGGAGCCAUCUCCUUUAACUUUUCUUCUCUGUUACCAUUUGCAAUGAAGAGGAAACAGAAGAGAUUUCUGCAGAUGACUUUGUUAUUCACGGUGGCUUUAAUUUUCCUGCCUAACAUUGGUCUCUGGUCUCUGUACAAGGAUAAGCACCUGGUGAAGUCAGCGGAACCCGGGGAGCAGCAGACAUUUCCACUGGGCCUGGGAGAUGGGCAAUUCUAUUCAUGGACAGAUGGUUUGAGAAGAAAGGACUGGCAUGACUAUGAAAGCAUUCAGAAAGAGGCUAUGCGCUCAGGGAAAGGUGAACAUGGGAAACCUUACCCCCUUACUGAAGAGGACCAUGAUGACUCAGCUUACAGGGAAAAUGGUUUUAAUAUUUUCGUCAGCAACAAUAUUGCGCUAGAGAGGUCUCUGCCAGAUAUUCGUCAUGCUAACUGUAAGCACAAGAUGUAUCUGGAAAGGCUGCCAAACACCAGCAUCAUUAUCCCAUUUCAUAAUGAAGGUUGGACUUCACUCCUGCGGACCAUACACAGUAUAAUUAACCGAACGCCAGAGAGUCUGAUAGCAGAAAUCAUUCUAGUAGAUGACUUCAGUGAGAGAGAACACUUGAAGGAUAAAUUGGAAGAAUAUAUGGCCCGAUUUUCCAAAGUGAGGAUUGUUCGCACCAAGAAAAGAGAAGGACUCAUCAGGACCCGUCUCCUGGGGGCAUCUAUGGCCAGAGGAGAAGUCCUGACGUUCCUGGACUCCCACUGCGAGGUCAAUGUGAACUGGCUGCCCCCACUCCUCAACCAAAUUGCACUAAACCACAAAACCAUCGUGUGUCCCAUGAUCGAUGUCAUUGACCACAAUCACUUUGGGUAUGAGGCACAAGCUGGGGAUGCCAUGCGAGGAGCCUUCGACUGGGAAAUGUACUACAAAAGAAUCCCCAUCCCUCCAGAGCUCCAGAGGGCAGAUCCCAGCGACCCUUUUGAGUCUCCUGUUAUGGCUGGAGGUCUCUUUGCUGUGGAUCGGAAAUGGUUUUGGGAGUUGGGUGGCUAUGAUCCAGGUUUAGAAAUCUGGGGCGGAGAACAGUAUGAAAUCUCUUUUAAGGUUUGGAUGUGUGGAGGAGAAAUGUUUGAUGUUCCGUGUUCCAGAGUUGGUCAUAUCUAUAGGAAGUACGUUCCAUACAAAGUUCCAUCUGGGACCAGCCUGGCAAGAAACUUGAAGCGGGUAGCUGAGACCUGGAUGGAUGAAUUUGCCGAGUACAUUUACCAGCGGCGGCCGGAGUACAGGCAUCUCUCCACGGGGGACAUCUCUGCCCAGAAGGAGCUGCGCAAGCAGCUCAAGUGCAAGGACUUCAAAUGGUUCAUGGCUGCUGUGGCCUGGGACGUGCCUAAAUACUACCCUCCAGUGGAGCCCCCGCCCGCUGCCUGGGGGGAGAUCCGAAAUGUGGCGGCAAAUCUCUGUGUGGACAGCAAGCAUGGAGCCACCGGAACAGAGCUGAGGCUGGACAUCUGUGUCAAGGAUGGUUCUGAAAGAACAUGGUCUCAUGAACAGCUUUUUACCUUUGGAUGGAGAGAAGAUAUUCGACCUGGUGAGCCACUGCAUACCCGGAAAUUCUGCUUUGAUGCGAUCUCACACAACAGCCCCGUGACACUCUACGACUGUCAUGGUAUGAAGGGGAACCAGCUCUGGGGAUACCGGAAGGACAGAACAUUAUUCCAUCCUGUGAGCAACAGCUGCAUGGAUUGCAACCCCGCAGAGAAGAAGAUUUUCAUGGCCAGAUGUGACCCUCUCUCUGAGACUCAGCAGUGGAUUUUUGAACACAUUAAUAUGACUGUUUUAGAAAAAUUUAACCACCAUGCCAGCUCCUAGAAAGAAGGAAGGAAGAAAGAGUGAUUACCUACAGAUUAUAAAUGAAAUUUUAGCCAGCAUCUGGGUCGAAGGAGUCAGGAAUAACAUUUCCUCGAUCCAGGAAGGCUGGUUUAAAGAUUUGUAAAUGCCAUGUCAAAGUAGGUUGUUUUGAAGAACUUCCUGCAUCUGAAGAACUUGGCUGAGAAUCUCACCAGCUGCUUCUGAGAACUCGAGACUAGCAGUUCCCUUGCUGGCCAAGGGCAAAGAUAAUUUAGGGACUUUUCAAAACAACUGCUGAGCUAAUAAAUCCUAGCAUUUCUCAGGUCAAAUCCUGCAGUAGUGAGUAGCUAUGAAUGGAUCCUAUUAACUGGGUGGGAGGGGGGUGAAAACGGAGUGCAUGACUGCUCUGACAACCUGAGGAUAUCACAGGUUUAGAACUAGCCACGCUUAAAGGGUGAGCUGUACUCUUUGGUGCCAUUCUCUGACUAAGAAUGGGUUAAGCAGGUUUAACCCUUAAAAGUGCUGCAGAUGAUUUCAGAGUGCUCAUACUAUUCUGUUUUGUUUUGUUUUUUUAAGUGAGGGUGCAAUAUCUAACGUAAGACUUCAAUUACAUAAUGAAAUGGACAUCCAGUGUUCCCAUUCUUUCGUUUACAUUUGCCUUUUUGUUUUUCAGAGCAAAGGUUUUUUAUUGUUUGUGGAAGUUCACCUCCUUGAAUCCACUGGAUUUCUAAUUCAGUGCCCUUCUAUGAAUCCAGUUAAAAACAAAAACAAAAACAAAAAUCUGUGCUCUCAAGUUACUCCAAAGAAAGAUCUCACAGAAGCAGCAAAACCAUAUAAGAUUUAGGAGAGGGACUUCCCUGGGAAAUCUAUUUUUACUUUUCUAUUAUUUUUAAAACCUUAAAAGUCUGAUAUUUGUCCAGUCAUAAUUUUUAUUAAGCAAGGAAAUGGAGUGAGGUUGAUGUAAUUAGUUUAGGAGAUUUUUAAACCCAAAUAAAUCUACACUCCAAGUGAUAUGUGAAAAUGGCUUGGUUCACUUCAAUUCUGUUUAAUCAGUGGUGGGAGCAUACAAGUGGUUUCAUUUGUUCGUUUGUUUAUUUGGGUUUUGCUUUUGUUUUUUAUUUUUUUCUCGUUGUCGUUCUUUUGUAGUGUUGAUAUUAAUGACGUUCUUUUAUUUGGAAGCUCGCAAAAGGAAUUACCAUUAAUAAAGUGUUUCUGACACCAUUUUCUGUUAAUGGGACGAUAUUUCAGGGAUAAAGAAAGGAAUGCUCUGAAAACUAAAUGGAACAAUUAAUCCUUAAAACAAUUUUUUACUGUUCAAUAAUAUCAGGAUGGGGGAAGAAUAUACAGGUAUCAAGGUGGUUCAAAAAAAAAAGAAUCAUGUUUAUUAUACAUCUCUUAAGUUUUUUCAGUAUAAAAGUGUUUUAACUUUGCUUUCUUUUUGUUUUUUGUUUGAAGUUGGUUUUCCUGUUAAUAAAAAUUUAUAUAACA